CGAUAAUUUUCCACUACGCAUACAAAAUGCAGUUGUCAACGUGAGCGCAAUCAUCAUCAUCAUCGGUUUGUGGGGUGUAAAUUUUGAUUUCCAAUAUAUUUUAAUAAGUUGUUCGAUUGAUUUCGAACGCGGACAUACGGCCAUCGGACUGCUCAAGAAUGCUGAAAUCCGAAUUCCAGCACCAAUUUUGGGUUACCAAAAAGGCAGUCCAGAGAAAACUAGGGACAAAGGAGGAUGAAAAUAUUGUAGCCUCCGAUGGGGAAUUGGAUUCAAAAAUUGAAUUAUUCACAUCGGUUGCCGAAAGCUGUCGGCAGCUAUAUCGUAUAAUAGAUCAGUACCAAGAACGGGUAUGUAUCCUGGCCCAGGAGGAAAAUUCCCUGGGAAAAUUUCUCCGGGAGGUGGCCAAAGAAAAUCCGACCACGGGCAAGCUAAUGUCCAACACGGGUAAAGCCAUUUCCUACUGUGGACAGCAGCGCAUUACGAUCCGGGUGCCUUUGUUGAGACUUCACCACGAUGUGCAAACUUUUAAGGGGCGGGCCAUAGUGGACACCCAAAGAACCAUUCAGAGCAUGGAAAAAGAACGAACCGAGUAUCGGGCAGCGCUAAGUUGGAUGAAAUCGGUCAGCAUUCAGCUGGAUCCGGACACCGGAAGAGGGCUGGAGAAGUUUCGAAAAGCCCAGGGCCACGUCAAGGCGGCCAAGACAAAGUUCGACAAGUACAGCUUGGAUUGCCUGGAAAAGAUCGAUUUACUGGCUGCGGCCCGGUGUAACAUGUUCUCACAUGCCCUGGUCGGUUAUCAGAACACGAUUCUGCAGUUCGCUAAGAAGACGAAUGAUACGUACAAAGCAGCUCUGAAGAGCCUCUCCAAAGAUCCGCACUACAACUUUGCGAUACUGAAGGAGCUCACCCAAGCUAAUCCGAACGCCAAGAACCCCGAGGAAACCGACCCGAUGGCCACCGGAAAGCUGGCUGAUGAUGAUCAAAUGCUUUUCUUUAAGGACGAGUACAAGGAUGAGUUGGGAGAAAAACAUAAGAAAGAAGAAUCAACCGCUGAAAGAGGCAAUGCUGAUGACGAUGAUGAACAGAUCUUAGCAGUAGCUCCUGAUCAUUUGACAGAUCUUAUGACAGACAUUCCCCAACAACCUUCAAACACGGCUUCAUGCUCGACAGAUCUUCUGGGCAUCGGCCUAGAUGAUGAGUUUUCAGACUUCCUCUCGGGACCAGCAUCUUUCAUGCCAUCGAAUUUGCUUACCAAUCCUGCAAACCUCGUGAGUGACCCGUUAGACGAUCUCAUCGGGGCGGCUUCAAGUGAACAAUCGGUCCCAACCUCUAAACCGGAAAAGCAGACUAGCGAUUUUUCGUUCGGCAAUUUCCUUCAAAGUUUGUCCAAGAACAACAACGCUACCGAAAGUGGUUCCGGUGAAGGCAAAAAGCCCGCGAAAGAAAACUCCAAAUCGACCGGCGGUAAGGACCUUGCCGGUUGGUAUCAACUGUUUGCUGAACUGGAUCCGCUCUCAAAUCCGGACGCUAUUCCAUCCAAAUCCGACGCCCCGGUCAACAGUUUGGCAGCUUAGGUCUGAAAACGCCUGUUGUAUUUUUUUUCUUUGUGAUUUAUGAAUUUCGAGAUUGGAGUUUAAUAUAAUGAUCCAGACUGUUGCUAAUGUUAUCAUUUCACAGAUUUCAAAUGAAAUUUUUGAAAGAUAUGGUUACUGCAAGGAAAUUUAUCAUUCAACUGUUUUGUGCAAUGUUUACUUUAGAAAUUUAACCCCUUAUUAUUCGUAAAUACCCUGAUACUAGACUCGUAAUUUAAAAAAAAAACAGAAAAAUAA